AUGGAGGAGCCCGGCGGCCGGGGGCGAGCGCUGAGCCGAGAGGCGGGCGAGCACGGCGGCGCGGGGCGGCCGGCCGGCGCGCCGCCUGCGAGCGCCGGCUUCCGCGGACUCGCCCAGCGGGACGGCGCCGGACCAGCCGCCGAGCAGCGCCGAAGCGUCUCGUCGCUGCUUCGGGAGCUGCCCGUGGUGCUGAAAAGCGGCCAGCAAGGCGGCAGGCCAGCUGAGCCGAGCGGGGCGGCCGUGGCAGCCCGGCUGCGUUUGGUGACGGUGGUGACCCCCGAGGGCUCGCAGGCUAGUGUGGGAAAGGGGUUCUUCGAAGGCUGGGCCCCAACCAUCCGCGACCCCUGGGGCGCCAUCCUGGGCUUGGCUGGGCGGAGAGGAGCCCUGCAGCCCGAGCUGGCUGGGGAUGCCGGGGGCCGCUGGCCUCUCCUCUGCCAGCCCGGGGCAGGAUCGCCCCUGAGCGACGCGAGGUCGCGCAAGGCCAUGGCCUCGGCCGGCAGCCCGCCCGCCGCCGCGGCCGCCGCCGCCGCCGCCGCGGCCGCCGUGGACGCCGCCUACGAGGAGGGCCUGGCGCGCCUCAAGAUCCGCGCCUUCGAGAAGCUGGAGGUGGACAAGCGCCUGGAGAAGCUGAGCGAGGAGGUGGAGCAGAAGAUCGCCUCGCAGGUGGGCCGGCUGCAGGUGGAGCUGGACCGCAAGAGCUCGGAGCUGGAGAAGGCCAAGCAGGAGAGCCUGCGCCUGGGCCGCGAGAAGCAGGAGCUGGAGGACCGCGCCGCCGAGCUCUCCCGCCAGGUGGACGUGAGCGUGGAGCUGCUGGCCUCGCUCAAGCAGGACCUGGUGCACAAGGAGCAGGAGCUGACGCGCAAGCAGCAGGAGGUCAUCCAGAUCGACCUGUUCCUGAAGGAGACAGCUGCCCGCGAAGCCAACGCCAAGAUGCGCCUCCAGCAGUUCAUCGAGGAGCUUCUGGACCGGGCCGACCGGGCGGAAAAGCAGCUUCAGAUCAUCAGCAGCAGCUGCGGGACAACGCCCAACUGCAGCCUGGGCCGGUGCAGCGUGCCCGGGUCCAAGAGCACCGGCAGACCGAGAGACCGGCACCUGGUCCCUGGCGCGACGCCACAGAAUUCCUAUGCCGUUUCCAACCAAAGGUCAUCUUCAAGCACUGGAGCCUCCAGCCGCGCCAAGGCAGUCUCCCAGAGUUCAGGCUGCUAUGACAGCGACAGCCCCGAACUGUACCACGGGGACGAGCCUGCGGACGGGCACGCCUACCAGGGGGGGCAGAACCGGGGCCCCGACGGCGGGGCAGAGAGAGCCGGGGCCACACGCAAUGCCGGCCUGCGCCGGCAGGCCAUCCAGAACUGGCACCGCAGGCCCUACCGCAACAGCACCGAGGGCGAGGAGGGCGACAUCUCGGACGUCGGCUCCCGGACCACCGAAUCAGAGGCCGAGAUGUGGGAGACAGAGCCCAGGCUGUCCACCGAGACCCAGCAGGUGAACUUCUCCAGGCCUGGGAACAGUUCCCGGCUGCCAGCCAGGGCCGAUGGAGGGAAGGCCAGCAGACCGGAGGGCGGGAGCCCUUCCCGCUCCAACGAGGUCAUCAGCCCCGAAAUCCUCAAGAUGCGAGCCGCGCUCUUCUGCAUCUUCACAUACCUCGACACCAAGACCUUGCUUCAGGCAGCGGAGGUUUGCAAGGACUGGAAAUUCGUGGCCAGGCACCCAGCGGUCUGGACCCGGGUACUGCUGGAAAAUGCCAGGGUGUCCUCCAAGUUCCUCGUCAUGCUGUCGCAGUGGUGCACCCAGACACACUCGCUCACCCUCCAGAACCUCAAGGCCCGGCAGAGGGGGAAGAAGGAGACCAAGGAAGACUACAUGAAAAGCACGCGGGGCUGCCUCGAAGCUGGACUAGAGUCCCUGCUGAAGGCCACUGGGAGCAACCUCUUGAUUCUCCGGAUUUCUCACUGCCCCAACAUCUUGACAGAUCGCUCCCUCUGGCUGGCCAGCUGCUACUGCCGAGCACUGCAAGCUGUCACCUACCGGAGUUCAACCGAUCCCGUGGGCCACGAGGUCAUCUGGGCACUAGGAGCAGGCUGCCGGGACAUCAUCUCCUUGCAGGUGGCACCCCUGCACCCUUGCCAGCAACCAACCCGCUUUAGCAACCGCUGCCUGCAGAUGAUCGGCCGCUGCUGGCCCCACUUGAGGGCGCUGGGAGUCGGCGGGGCAGGUUGUGGCAUCCAGGGACUGGCCUCCCUAGCCCGCAACUGCAUGCGCCUCCAAGUGCUGGAACUGGACCACGUGAUGGAAGUGAACCAGGAGGUGGCGGCCGAGGUGUGUCGAGAGGGCCUGAAGGGCCUGGAGAUGCUGGUUCUGACCUCCACGCCGGUCACCCCCAAAGCGCUGCUGCAUUUCAACAGUGUUUGCCGGAACCUGAAGUCCAUCGUGGUACAGGUUGGGAUCACCGACUACUUCAAGGAGCCAAACAGUUCUGAGGCCAGGAAGAUGUUUGAGGAAAUGGUCAACAAGCUGCAGGCCCUGAAGAAGAGGCCCGGCUUUUCCAAGAUUUUGCACAUUAAGGUGGAAGCAGGCCGCUAA